AUGGAUGAAAAAACUGAAGAUAGUGAAACGAUGUUAACCCAAUUGAUUAUCUCUGGGAUCCUAAAGGGGCUUAAGAACCAGAAAGACACUUGUGAUUUGUCUGAUGUGCUAGUAGUUAUAGAAAACGUCGAGUUCAGAUGUCAUCGUGUUAUUCUCGCAGCAUCUUCUGGAUUUUUUAGAGCUGCCUUCACAUCAGGGAUGAAAGAAGACCGCGAAAGAAAGGUAGUGCUUAAAGGCAUCUCGCACGAGACCUUUGCCGAAGUCAUGGAGUGUGUAUAUACAGGGAAGAACGUCAUUACCGACAGGAACAUAUAUGAACUGUGGCAUGCAGCAGAUAUGCUAGAGGUACUCUCCUUAUUAGAAGCGUGUGAAAUAUUCGUAAAACAAAAAAUCAACGUGGAAAACUGUCUUGCCAUUUACAACCAUAGCAAGGUACUGGAUUCAAAAGAGCUGAUUCCCCUUUCAUGGUCCUAUAUUGUUAAACAUUUCACAUUUGUGAGAAAGUGUGACGAACUUCUGAUGUUUACUGAAGAAGAACUUGAAAAGCUAAUUUCAAGCCCUGAUUUGAAGAUCAGUUCAGAAGAUGAAGUCAUAGAGACGGUUUUAUCUUGGGUUGCUUACAAACCUACUGAAAUAAAUAGUGGUGACUUUUGCCAUGAAACACCCGAACCAGCUGUCGAGUGCAAAUAUAUAAUUCAGACAGAAUCACCCGAUGACGAUGACACAGCGUGUAGAGAUAAUAGUACAGUUCAUAUUGACCAAGAAGCUUCGAGAGCAAGUGAGCAAAACAAGGACAAUGAGAAAUAUGCCAGCAACUUCAGCCGAUUGGACCAUCUGUCCAGUCUGCUUAGCGUUGUUAGGGUGUGUCUGCUAAGUGGGAAAUGUUUGAUUGAAGCCAUGAAUACGGACAUUGUGCGUGCUGAUGCAAGGACUCAUGUGAUACUACAGAAAGGGCUGGAGUAUAUAUUGCAAACAGACAGGCUUCAUGACUUUUGCCCUCCUUCAGCCGUCCAUAGAACCAGCAGUAGCUUGGAGAAUGUUAUUAUCGCGACACGUCUGUACGAUGAUGUAGAUGUCUUAGUGUGUCGAAGACAAAGUGGUCAAUGGUGCGGCCUGGGACGACCUGUAAAAGGUGAUUAUAGCUCAAACUCUGUGACAUGUUUUAACCAAGUUGUUUAUUUAACAGGAAACAUUGUCCAAUUGUAUAUGUAUACACCAUUCUUGAAUUCGUGGCUGGAGAUUCCGAAGUUUAAGGCUGUAGAAACACCAGGUUAUCUACUGUCUAUCAGAAAAUGCCUGUACUCUAUUUUUCGCCAAGACGGGUGUUAUCAGAUCGAAAUGGUUAAUGUGGUUGAGUCGUUCCACGUGUCUUCUCAGAGUCAGUGGGUGAAAAUAUCUACUCUUCCCUUGGAUUUGGCCAGCAUUAAUUAUGCAACGGUUAUUGACGACAAAAUUAUUUUCUUUGGUACAAGUACUGGAGAAUUAAAAAUACGUGUUGUCGUAUUUGAUACCGUCACCUUACGCUAUUCUACAUUAAAUAACAUACCACCAAUUGCAUCCGUCGCAGUCUGUUUCAGGAAAGAAAACGAAGCUUUCAUGCUGGAAAAGGACGGGGCUCUUUAUCGAAUAAGACCUUGUUCUACAGAUCCGUUCAUAGAAAUCAAAUACGAGACAAGACUUUGGGACUUUAGCAGAACUGUUAAAGGGGCUCUUGUGUUCAAUGAUGAACUGCUGCUGUUUGGGCCAAGUUUCUCAGAAAAUGAUGCAGACAAACAGUGGGAGUUGUCUGUGCCAGGGGUCUUCAGACGUAUCAAAAACAUAACCUGUAGCGAGAAAUUGUCCUGCUUUAUGCAUGUUGUCAUUCCUAAAAUGUAUUUGACUAGAGCGGUUUCAGUGAUUAGUGCUUAG